GGAAGCAUUGUCGAGAAUAAUGGGUGUUAAUUUCUUAUUAAUAUUAACUGUCAUUGGAGCCGCAUCAGCACAGUUUGUAUACCGAGUAUGCGUCCCGAUUUCUCAAAAACAUGUAUGCCAACGCCUUGAAGUGCAAUGGAGUGCAGUGAAAUGCGAGCUGGUGGAAUCCAAAAUCGACUGCGCCCUAAAACUAUCUCGCGGUGAGGCUGAUCUCGGUGUUUUAUCUGAAGAGGAGGUGGCCCUGAUCCCGCAGCAUGCUUCCGGUAAAAACUUCAGAAUCGUGGGAUCCAUCAGAGAUGUGUCAAGGAGCGAACCCUUCGCCUUCGAAGCCGUGGCUGUGGUAUCAUCGAGCCACACUGGUGGUCUGGAAGGUCUACGUGGAGGUCGCUACUGCCACCCAGGUCUGGAUGAACCAGAACUACGCUGGUCACCCAGGGUUUCAAAGUUCUUGGAGAAGAAGGUUGCUGAAACUGACCGCUGUCCCGAUGCAAACACCGACGGAAAGACAGCAGAAGAGAUGGAGGUGGAAGCGAUCUCCCAGUUCUUCAACAGCGCCUGCAGACCUGGGCCCUGGAGCGCUAAUAGCUCCGUAGAUGCGGAUUUGAUGCGAAAUAUCCCACCAAUCGACGCGUCUCCAAGCUGUAUUCCAGCCCGUCGCUGGUGCACCAUCUCCGAAUCUGAACACUCCAAGUGUCUCUGGGUGCAAUUAGCUGCGCAUACCCUGGGAAUCGAACCAGCGAUUUCCUGCCAACUGAGGAGGUCUAUCUUCGAAUGCUUCGCCGCUAUCAAGGAUAACACUGCUGAUUUCAUUGCUGCACCAGCUAACUACGGAUUCAUGGCCCGACAAUACUACGGUCUGUUACCUGUGAAGCUAGUUCAAAACCUACGCAACGAUCCACGUGCGUUCUCCCGCGUCGUGACUCUUCUACGGGCUUCGAGUUCAAUUUCUAGCUUUGAAAACCUUCGCGGGAAAAAUGCUUGCUUCCCUGAGUUCGGUGGCAUCUCAUACGUAGCCUUCAUCAGAGCGGCACAAGAAAACGGUGUGAUCUCUCGCUCAGAAUGCGACUACGCACGUGCGGUUGGGGAGUUCUUUGGCGGCGCGUGCGCACCUGGAGCGCUCAACGCGUCCCAAAUCUCAGCAUCCAACUACGAUGUCAAGAGCCUUUGUUCCUUGUGUAAGCCGGCUGAUUCCGUAGCCCCAAAGGGAUCGAAAAUCUGUUCCUACGACUCCACCAACAAAUACUAUGGCAACGCAGGUGCAGUGGCCUGUUUGGCUGAUCCAGAAAGGGAUGUAGCGUUCGUGGAAUUGGAGAAUAUCGAUGCUAAUCUAAAGGCGGCGGGUCUCGAAGCAUCUCAAAUUCGAGUUCUCCGUCGCAACAAUACCUUGGCGUUGUCGACUGGUGUUUCGGUCGACUCGAACUGUCUCCUCGCUGAUGUUGUUGACUCCGAGGUGUUGACACGAAGAAAUGACCCACUCCUUAAUAGCUUGAACGCUCUGUUGGACACUCUUGACGUACACUUUGGGUACUUCACGGACACCCAACUCAUCAAUUUGCCGAUUUACUCACCGUUCGAUGGUGUGAACGACCUUCUCUUCAAAAACACAGUAGUUGGUUUAACAGAGCCUACUAGCAGCACAGUGAAUGAAGCUGCCCGGAAUUACCAUGAGCUCUUCCAACAUCUCGACUCCUGCGUCAGGAAAUAGAGUGACGAAAGAUCUCUAAAUAAAUCAAUAUGAGUAAUUUCAAUUAAAUAUAUUCAUAAAAUGCCAGUCAAAUAUAAAUCAAUUAUGUUUGACAUCUGUCAGUUCGUUUUAAAUUAAAAUUCACUUAUUAAACAACUUUAAACUGUUUUUAUACGAAAUCAAGCCACGCUUACUAUAUUUUUAUUCAUUGCUGUGAAAUAAAUGUAGUUUAGUUUAGCAUGCUUUAAA